UAGACAAGCCACUAGUAGCUAGCUCAAGCAGAACGUACAACCAAAUAAUAUACAUUUUUUAAAUAUACUGGUAGCCAACAAGCUACUUACCAGCAUGCCGGAAAAAAAGCACAUUGUGACUGGAUGCCAUAGUGUAAAUUUAACGUUACACUAUUUUCUGAAGAAAGAAGACAUCCGACAGCAGUGUCUCAUUUUUAUUUUGGGUGGACAGGCUUCACCGAAAAUUACAAUUAUGUCACGGGUGUGCAGUGCACAUUUUGAGCAAAGUUGCUUUAUCAAUUUGGGAGAAUAUUCGAUUGGUCUUGCCAGGAAGCUAAUCCUAAAGACGGAUUCAAUACCAUCAUUGACAGUGGAACAGUGGGUCUUGAAAGUGCUGAAUGUCAUUAUGAUUUUCACUUUUCAUCUCCUUUUGGUCUUUUCACUAUCUUCAAGCUGUAAUGAUAGACAUUUUAGAAAAUUCAACAUCUAUUUUGUCUGCACAGCUUCCCAGGCAACCACCACAGCAGGAAUGCUGUGAUACAAAAUCUGCUUUCCAAAGGCAAAGAAGGGGGGAUAUGCUGUGAAACAUGUGAAGACAGACCCAACAUACUAUCUACACACACCUUAACAAUGUGUUUGAGCUACUGUCCAAAGCUGUGGUGGAGAGCAAGCAGAAGGUGAAUGUCCCUAAACUGAGCAAGGAAAAGGAAGACGAGGGAAAAGAGGAGAACGAGAAACCCAAGAGAGAGGAAGAGAGAGGUACAGAGAAGUCAAGGGUCCGCCCGUCGCCACAGUCAACCGACAGGAGAGGGGAGUACUUUGUCCCUAACAAUCUCUAGCACAUGUCGAUUGUUUAAGUGAUUUUGAUGAAUUAAGGUCCAAUGCAGCUGUUUUUAUCUCAAUAUCAAAUAGUUUCUGGGUAACAAUUAAGUAAGUUACUGUGAUUGUUUCAACUAAAAUGAUCAAAAAGAAAGACAAAUAGCUUCUUAGUAAAGAGCAAUUUCUUAAACAAGAAUUUAGCUAGGACUGUCUGGUAGUGGGGAGGGGGAAACUAGCUGUUAUUUGCAGAGAGGUUUGGAACUCUCUUUCUUAUUGGUCUAUUCACUUAACUUACUGCCUGGUGAUGUCAACAGGCAGGCCAAAACUCCAUCCCACCAAAAAGGCUGACAUUUCAAGCAGUCCUUUCAAACAGCUCUUACAUUAAAAGGGUAUUAUAAUACUUUUCAUAAUUUCACAGUAUUAUUCCAACCUCAUAGUGUGGAAAUAUAUAUAAAACACAGGAAAAUCUCAUUUUGACUGCACUGGGCUUUGAAAGUCUUCCAACAUGUGUAACAAUAAAUAAUCUCUGUCAGUGCUGUUAUAAGCAUGAGUGAAAUGCAUAAAACAAAUGUCACUCACUCAGCCACCCAUUCUCCCUCUCUAACUCAGUCAUUCCCUCCCUCCCUCCCACCCUCCCUCCGUCAUUCAUUCCCUCCUUUCCUCUGGCCCAUUAGAUGUGAAGUCUGUGGAGGAGAUGAAGGGGGAUCAGGAGUUCAGCAGUGCUCUGACACAGUACAACAGCUCAGCCAACUCAGGGGGAGAGGACAUCGAGCUGCUCGCCUUCCAGACUGUCACCGGGAAGUGCAGUGAAACCAUCUUCGAGGAUAUGAGGGAACCUCCCAAGAAGCCCCUCCACCUGAAGGGUCAAAUGAAGUACGUCCCCCAGUGGGACUCGCUCAUCUUCCUCAGUACGCCCAUUAUAGAGACAGUGGAGGACAUGAUUAAAAUGGGCGUCUAUGUGAACGAUCUGAACCUACACGACUCCAGCCGAGAGCUCAUCUUAGCUGGAACACAGCAGUCGGCUGAACUUCAGCUGGCUCUUGACCAGGAGCAGCAGAAGUACGCCCAGCUCCAGGAGAUCAUCAAGAAGCUGGACGAGGAGAAGAAGAGAGGAGACUCCCUCCUCUACGCCAUGAUCCCCAAAGCUGUGGCUGACCGGCUCAGGAAGGGUAUCACGGCCCUGGAGACAUGCCAGGUGUUCCCGGACGUGACCAUCCUAUUCAGCGACGUGGUGAAGUUCAACGAGAUCUGCAUCCACAUCACGCCCAUGCAGGUGGUGGACAUGCUCAACGAGAUCUACAUCGUCUUCGACACGCUCAGCGAGAAGCACAAUGUCUACAAGGUGGAGACCAUCCGAGAUGCCUACAUGGUGGUGGCAGGCGUGCCCAAUAAGACAACCUUCCAUGCCCACCACAUAUGUGACAUGGCCCUGGACAUGCUGAGCUCCAUCGACCACCUCAAAGACCCCUCCACUGGAGACAAUAUCCAGAUCAGAGUCGGGAUCCACUCAGGGAUGGUGGUGGCUGGGGUGGUGGGGCUGAAGAUGCCUCGCUACUGUCUGUUUGGAGACACCGUCAACACUGCCUCCCGCAUGGAGAGCAACGGGGUGGGCAUGCAGAUCCACAUAAGCCAGACCACCAAAGACCACUUGGAACAUGAGCCCUACAUAAUUGAGGAGAGGGGAAAGAUUUUUGUGAAGGGUAAAGGCUACAUGAAGACAUAUUGGCUGAAGGGGAAGAAGGACCUGUCGUUUAAGACUCCAGCAGAGCUCCGCUACAGCAGUGAACAGAAGGACUCAGAGGACAGGAGCUCCAAUGGGUCCACCUGCACCAACACCAAGCGCUCCACCUCCAACCUGAACAUUCCCAACGAGGAGCAGGCAGAGGGCAAGCCCACCCCCACAGAGCUGCCUGCAGAGCCCUUACCUUCACUAGAGGGCGCCCCUGAGGACCCCACAGACCCCACCGAGCCCCAGGAGAAGAAAGUAAAAAAGAACACUAAGAACAACAACAAAGGGGGCGUGGCCAAGCCCGAAGCUCCUCCCCAGCAGGUCAAUGUAGUGCAGGAGAGUGCAGUUCUUCCUGCUGCUGCCCAGGAGACCCCCACGGCUCCCCCGGCCUCCACCGCCCCAGUGCUCAACAACAAGAAGAACAGCUUCAGGCAGCACGCCAAGCUGCCCGCCCACCUUCCCAUGCGCAGCACUUCCUGCUGCCUACUGUGAGAGGAGAGGCUAAAAUAAUGUGACUGGCCUGCAUCUUAUUGACAGUCCUGUGAAGGCAAACCUGAAACUGACCCUAACCUUGAACCUCAACCAAUUAGAAAAUUCAACAUGUUUUCGCUGGUUAGUCAUGUCCCUUUUAGUUUCUCCCUACUGUGAGAUGGACCAGGCCAGAGUUCAAGACCUCUCAGAUCAUGGACCAGCCUUCAUGUUCGAUAUAUUGUAUGAUGCCCUGGUGUCUAUCCUAUGUUUUUUCUUAGGCAGGACCUGAGGGUCCCCACAGCAAUAUUCAGGGCAGCCCACACCUAACGUAAUGUAUUAAUCCAUUUAUUCAAGGUGGAGUAACAGAGGUAGACAGGGCGGACCACCUCACCUAAGUAAUAAUAGUGGAAACAUUGAUGCUCCUAAAAUUAAACAAAUGUGACAUUGCUGAAAAGGGAAAAAACAUUUCUCUUCCAACAAAUAUAUACCGAUACUCAUGUCUUGAUGACGUGUUAAACAGUGGGCCUUUUUUGGUAAUACAAGCACCUGGCUAAUGUUAUGGAUUUUUGCAUGUUGUUGAUAGGAAACAGGUCAAUAAAUGUACAGUUCAUGUACUAUUUAUUAAGUUAUUACCGUCGGUGAAAACACCUUUUCUGAUUACAUGAUCACAAUGGAUUGGUAUACAGAGUAAGAUGAGAUGUCAAGAGAUGGUUGUAUUUUAUUUGCAUAAACUAGUUCUGAGAAGUCUGACACAAGUUACAGUUCUGAUACUGUAUUUAAUGAUGGAAUAAUAGACUUUAAUAAUCAUUUAUAUAAUAGCGCUUUUCCUAAUGCUGUAAGUGCUUUACUUUUCUGUUUUGUAUUUGUAAUUUGUUGCACGUUUACUGUAUGUUAGCACUUCUUUGUCCAUAAAAACUGUACAGACAAACACGUCACGUGUUCAUUUCCUUGUUGAUAUCUGUAAAUGUUUUACUUGACA